AGAAACCAAAAUUUGUUGUGUAAGAAUAAUUUGGUCGCCAGCAUGAUGAAUGAUACCAUAACGCCGGAGCCGCAUUUGGUGCCAGGGUACACCGGCCACUGCACCCAGAACCGAGACCGCGUGGGCAAGACAUAUGGCAAACAGACGCACAAGCUGCUCAUCGACCCGUGCAUCUACCAUGCACCGGAGUUGAUCGUUUUGCCCAUCGAUGCCAAGCAUGGACUCAAGGAUUAUCCCACGGAGCAUGAGCUGAAGGUGCUGCGUCGUCGUGAGGAGCUCGUGGAUGCUGUUUACCGGCAUCCCAUACUUCCAGGAUAUGCCGGCUUCGUCCCAAAUAUGGCGAGUCAGACUGGUAAGCGCUAUGUGGCUGCUGCCUCGGCGGGUGUCGCCCAGCAUGAGACCCUGAUGGAGCUAUAUCGCUGCGAAAAUCGUACACUUCGUCAUCGCGAUCUCUUGGAAAGCGGCAAAGGUCUCUUCGAGCGCAAGCUGAAUGAGCGUCUGCUCCCGCAAGCCAGAUACCGUUCCCCACUCAUUCCCGUCACCGGUCGCUCAAAGGGCGUCAAGCCUGGCGAGUGUCCGCCCAAGGUGGAGAAGCUGUGCUACAGCAAGUUCACGUCGCCGCACUUCCUGGAGGAUGACGACGACGACAAGUUUAUAAUUAAUGGCUAUGCCGCUCAUAUACCCAUGGCCGUUACCCGAUUUGGCGAGUCAAACCAGGUGCUAACACAUCGUGCCCUGUGCAGCUUCUCGGACUACAUGUACAAGAGGAAGCGCGACAUUUGGUGCUGUGGCCAGGACUUGACCAGGCCGGCAGUCACUUGUCCGCCGGUGGGACACUUUGUGAUUUAUCACGACGACAUCGGCAUGGUGCCCAGCUACGCGGGUCAUGUGCCGGGAGAGCUCUACAAGUUUGGACGUACCUAUGGCAAGACCACAAUCAACGCCAAACGCUGGCUAGAAAUUCAUAAGGAUCUUACCGGCCUGCCAGAGGUGUCGAAUCUUGAUUACACCUAUUAGUUAAUAUAAUUAAAUUAAUAUACGUAUGCUACAAA